CAGCACGAACACUCACUAUUACUAAUAAUAUGUUCUGAAAUCGCAAUUUGAACUUUGAAAAAUCGCUCCAAUCAAGUAAUAUAGAAGGAGAAGACGCAUAGGUAGCGGCGAUGAUGGAGGCGGCGCUGCACCCAUUCAGCCUGAACCGCCUCUUUCACCCCUCCCCCGCUUCUUCCAAACUCAACAUUAAUCUUUUUCUCUUCUCAAACCUUCCACCAUGUUUCAUUGUCCACCUCUCCUCCUCCCUGCCCGCUGCAGCCACGUCCACACCACCUGCCCGAACCCGCAGCUCCUCCUCCUCUCCCCUCGUUCGCGCCAUCCUUAUAAAAAAGGUGCAAGAGCUAAGUAGCAAGUGUUUAGACUCCUAUACUUAUAAGUGGGACCGAACUCAUACUGCGUAUCAGCUGCAAGAGAUUUAUAGGAAUCUAGGAAAUGGUGAAGAGUCAACCAGUGAGAGUGAUCAUGGAUCUAUUGCUGGAAGAACUAUGGCUCGCAGGGCUUUCGGAAAGCUUGCAUUUUUUACCCUUAGGGAUGACUCAAGGGUUAUCCAGUCACUGCACUGUUUCUCUAUCCAGUAUCGAAGAUACUGUUCGAGCACUGCAAUUGCAUCCUCUUCCCAAAUUGCCUAUUAUGUUCGCCUGGGAAAAAUUGAAGCUGCACGAAAAUUGUUCGAGCGGAUUCCCCACAAAAAUAUUGCUGCGUGGAAUUCUAUAAUUUCAGGAUACUUUCUGAACAGCCAACCGGUUGAAGCCCAACGUCUGUUUGAUGAAAUGCCUGAGAGAAAUACUGUUUCUUGGAAUGGAUUAAUUUCCGGGUACAUAAAGAAUGGGUUGUUAAAGAAAGCUAGAGAAGUAUUUGACAUAAUGCCUGAAAGGAAUGUCAUAUCCUGGACUGCCAUGGUUAGAGGUUAUGUGGAGGAAGGGAUGGUUUCCGAGGCAGAAGCAUUGUUUUGGCGUAUGCCAGAAAAGAAUGUUAUAUCAUGGACAGUUAUGUUGGGUGGGUUGAUCCAAGGAGGUAGGAUUGAUGAGGCAAGGAGACUUUUUCAUUUAAUGCCUGUGAAGGAUGUUGUCACGAGAACUACUAUGAUAGGUGGGCUAUGCUCCAGGGGUCAGUUGGAUGAGGCACGAGAGAUUUUUGAUAGCAUGCUGCAGAGAAAUGUUGUUUCUUGGACUACAAUGAUCUCAGGUUAUGCACAGAAUGGGAAGGUGGAUGUUGCUAGGAAACUCUUUGAGGUCAUGCCUGAAAAGAACGAGGUUACAUGGAGUGCAAUGCUUAUGGGUUACACACAAUGUGGGAGGAUUGAGGAUGCAUGGGAGCUUUUCAAGGCUAUGCCUACCAAACCAGUUGUUGCUUGCAAUGCAAUGAUUAUCGGGUUGGGGGAGAAUGGAGACGUCUCCAAAGCAAGGAAAGUUUUUGACUUGAUGAGAGAAAAAGAUGAUGGAACAUGGAGUGCCAUGAUUAAGAUUUACGAGCGAAAAGGAUUUGAAUUUGAGGCACUUAGUCUGUUCCGUCUGAUGCACAGUGAGGGAGUUAGACCACAUUUCCCUUCACUAAUCAGCAUUCUCUCAGUUUGUGCGAGUCUCGCCACGCUGGAUCAUGGUAGACAGAUUCAUGCCCAAAUGUUAAGGUCUAAGUUUGAUGAUGAUAUGUAUCUGUCUUCUGUUUUAAUCACCAUGUAUAUGAAAUGUGGUGAUGUCGUCAAGGCCAAAAUAGUUUUUGAUAGAUUUUCUCAGAAGGAUGUAGUAAUGUGGAACUCUGUUAUUACAGGUUAUGCCCAACAUGGUUUGGGUGAUCAUGCUCUUCAAGUGUUCAGAGAAAUGUCUUCAUCAGGCGUUCAAGCAGAUGAUAUUACAUUCGUUGGAGUUCUCUCGGCUUGCAGCUACAGUGGAAAGGUCAAAGAAGGGAAGCAAAUAUUUGCGUUGAUGAAAUCCAAAAAUAUUGAGCCAACCACUGAACAUUAUGCUUGCAUGGUUGACCUGCUUGGCCGAGCUGGCCAGCUGAAUGAGGCUAUGAAUUUGAUCAAUGAGAUGCCUGUAGAGGCAGAUGCAGUUGUGUGGGGUUCUCUCAUGGGUGCAUGCAGAAACCACAUGAAUCCUGAAUUGGCGGAAGUUGCUGCUAAGAAACUUCUUCAACUUGAGCCCAACAAUGCUGGUCCGUAUGUCCUACUAUCGAAUAUUUAUGCAUCAAAAGGUAGAUGGGUGGAUGUUGCCAAGUUGAGGAAAAAUAUGAGGUCUAGGAAGGUGAGCAAGUCGCCUGGUUGUAGCUGGAUUGAGGUGGAGAGAGAAGUGCAUAUGUUCACUGGUGGAGAGAGCAAAACACACCCUGAACAUAUGGAGAUCAUUAAGUUUUGGGAGAAGCUGGGUGGAAUGUUAAGAGAAGCUGGAUAUAACCCUGAUGGUGCCUUUGUGCUCCAUGAUGUGGACGAGGAAGAGAAGGCACAAAGCUUAAGACAUCACAGUGAGAAGUUGGCUGUGGCGUUUGGACUUCUUAAGUUACCUGAAGGGGUGCCUAUUCGGGUAAUGAAAAACCUGAGAGUUUGUGGGGAUUGCCAUACGGCUAUUAAAUUAAUUGCAAAACUCAUUGGGUGUGAAAUCAUCCUGAGGGAUGCAAAUAGAUUUCAUCAUUUUAAGGACGGAAUAUGUUCUUGCAACGAUUACUGGUGACUGCACUGCCUGCACCUAGUUGAGACAAAUUUAAUCAGUCAUUGCCCAUUGGUUCCUUAUGCAGUUGAAGUCGUUUCUGAAAAAUUUGGAUGUGAGGGCUAACUCCACAUCUCAAAUGAAAUUGUGCUUGGGUUUUGAUAUCUAAUCAUUAUUCAAAUUGUUUUUUGAAUUAGUGGUACGAGCCACAGUUGUUGCGGCUCACCUUUGUCUUGGACUUCUCAAUUGAAAUAUCUGCACUGGCCAAACCUCAUAGAAGUGCAGCAGAUGAGCAGAAAUCCUAAUAUUAAAAAAUUCUCUGCAGUGCAGGGUCAGUGAUUGAAGUUAAUCAAUUGCAUGCAGGUUUGACGGAGAGAUUUGAGCUCUUCAUAUGUGGUCGUGAGAUGGGAAAUGCGUACUCUGAAUUGACUGAUCCUUUUGACCAGGAUUUGUUGAAAUAUCAUAUUGAUGUGUGCCUAGGGCUGCUCAUCUCUUAGUAGUUUGCCCACUUGAUGAGAUAAUUUUGGAUCUAGCUAGUCACCUGUGUGUUCAUUAUAUUAUUGACGGGCUUGUAGUUAUUGCUUUCCCCGUUCUCAAGGCUCAGCAGUAGUGGUAGGAUUUGUAGGCGGACAAAGGCUGCUUCUUGUGAUGAUGCAGUGAUCCUGUGGAUGCCAACCUUAUCAGUUUCUGAUGAACGCGGAGGAAACUAUUCCUCAUGACACAUGUACUAGUGUUGGUGUAUGUUUGAAGCUUUUUUGUUUUUCUUCA